CCCCCCCGGCCUCCCCAAACACACGCACGCAGCACGCAGCUAGCGAUCUCUCCAGGCAUCGCGGGCGAGCCCGGCCGGCCGGAUCCUAAUCCUCGCAGAAGCAUCCGGAUCCCGACCGACCCGAUCGACCUGCACCGGCUAGCUGCGCCCGCGGAUCGACCGGCGACCGAUGGCUCCCACGGUGGCGGCGGAGGCCACGGCGGCGGCGGCGGCGGCGGCGGCGAAGCAGCAGCACACGGGGAAGGCGGCGGCGCUCGCGGCGCGCGACGCGUCCGGCCACCUCGCGCCGCUCACCAUCACCCGCAGGAGCACCGGAGACGAUGAUGUAGCGAUAAAGAUUCUGUACUGUGGAAUCUGUCACUCUGACCUGCACAGCAUCAAGAACGAGUGGAAUAACGCCAUGUACCCCGUGGUCCCAGGUCACGAGAUCGCCGGAGUGGUGACGGAGGUGGGCAAGAGCGUGACCAAGUUCAAGGCCGGCGACCGCGUCGGCGUGGGCUGCAUGGUGAACUCGUGCCAGUCCUGCGACAGCUGCGACGAGGGCUUCGAGAACCACUGCCGGGGCAUCAUCUUCACCUACAACUCGGUCGACCGCGACGGCACCAUCACCUACGGCGGGUACUCGAGCAACGUGGUGGUCCACGAGCGGUUCGUGGUCCGGUUCCCCGACGCCAUGCCGCUGGACCAGGGCGCGCCGCUGCUGUGCGCGGGCAUCACCGUGUACAGCCCCAUGAAGUACCACGGCCUGAACGUGCCCGGGAAGCACGUGGGCGUGCUUGGCCUGGGAGGGCUGGGCCACGUCGCGGUGAAGUUCGCCAAGGCGUUCGGGAUGAAGGUGACGGUGAUCAGCUCGUCGCCGGCGAAGAGGCAGGAGGCCAUGGAGCGGCUGGGCGCUGACGCCUUCAUCGUCAGCAAGAACGCCGACGAAAUAAAGGCUGCGGCUGCCACCAUGGAUGGCAUCAUCAACACGGUGUCCGCCAACAUGUCCAUGGCCCCAUACAUGGGUCUGCUGAAGCCCAACGGCAAAAUGAUCAUGAUCGGACUGCCCGUGAAGCCGCUGGAGAUCCCGCCGUUUGAUCUCAUCAUGGGGAACAAGACCCUGGCGGGGAGCUGCAUCGGCGGCAUGAGGGACACGCAGGAGAUGAUCGACGUCGCGGCGAAGCACGGCGUGACGGCGGACAUCGAGGUGGUGGGAGCGGAGUACGUGAACGAGGCCAUGGAGCGCCUCGCCAAGGCCGACGUCAGGUACCGCUUCGUCAUCGACAUCGGCAACACCCUCAAGAGCUCCGAGUGAUGAUCACAUCUGGCAUUGAAAGCAGUUCUGCUGCUACUGCUGCUUGGUGUCUCUGCUAUAUGAUGAACAGUAUAAUUUUUCGUGUCCGUGAUGUUAUAGUGAGGACAGACAUAUGUAGCACAUAUUCAUUACUGUGUUGGCUAUGUUCAAAUAAUGCGCAUUCGCGUCAAAAUUAA